AGCCGGGAGCGCGCACGGCACGGGCGGAGGCGGGGCCGGGGCCCGGCGGCGGUUGCGGCAGUGCUGGUGGCAUGUGAGCGCCUCGUCUGCCAAGAAGCCAACUCGCUGUUUGAAGAGCUUUCCAGGGUUGCAUUCCUGUCUGUAACGACCCUUCGGUGCGAGUGGAAUUAAAACGGGUUCCGGGCGUCAUGCAGGGAUCUGCCGUAGUGCCUGUGCCCUCACGGAAAGAACAAUAAUAGCUCCAGAUACUGUCCUGCAAGUGCCAACUCCCUCGAUCUCCUCCAAUGCCGGCUCAGGGAUGGACUCCACCUUGUCCCUGUGAAGAGGCUCUGCAUGCCCUCAGCAGCCACAAGGGGAUUCUGCUGCCAGCUUCUUCACAAGCUGCCCCACUGCAGGACUUGCUCAGCGGUGCUUUAGGAGGACAUCAGCUCACACAUUUGUGUCACUGCAGUGCCCAUGGAACCUGUGUGCGUGUUCCCUGUUCUUUGAGCUCCUCAUUCCGCGCUGUCUGAACUCACCCGGGCUCCUGGCAGACUGUUUGCCUGUUUUCCCAACUUCUCUCCCUUCUCCUGUUGCGUUCCUUCUCCCACAGAGCCCCAAAAGGAUGUGAACUUUGGAAUGGGGUCUGGGAGCCGCCUGCGGACUCGGUGUGUGUGUGAGACUGUUGCUGACUAACAGGAGGACUGGUUAGUUGCUGUGGGCAGCCCUUGUGUCUGGCUGCAGGGCACCAGCCUUGCCUGGGCCCUUCACCAUGUUCCUCCUGCUCCCCUUUGACAGCCUGGUUGUUAAUCUCUUGGGGAUUUCCAUAACUGUCCUCUUCACUCUGCUCCUGGUUUUCAUCAUCGUGCCAGCAAUUUUUGGAGUCUCCUUUGGCAUCCGCAAGGUUUACAUGAAAACUUUAUUAAAGAUUUUCCAGUGGGCAACACUGAGAAUAGAGCGUGGUGCCAAGGAGAAGAACCAUCCGUUAUACAAGCCCUAUGUCAAUGGUAUCAUUGCAAAGGAGCCAACAUCACUGGAAGAGGAGAUCAAGGAGAUCCGCCGGAGCGGCAGCGGCAAAUCCCUGGAUACCCCUGAGUUUGAGCUGUCAGAUAUCUUCUACUUCUGCCGCAAAGGCAUCGAGACCAUCAUGGAUGAUGAAGUGACCAAAAGGUUCUCAGCUGAAGAGCUGGAGUCCUGGAAUCUGCUCAGCAGGACCAACUACAACUUCCAGUACAUCAGCCUGCGCCUCACUGUGCUCUGGGGCCUGGGUGUGCUGAUCCGCUACUGCUUCCUUCUGCCCCUCAGGAUAGCCCUGGCGUUCACUGGCAUCAGCUUGUUGGUGACUGGUACCACAGUGGUGGGAUACUUGCCAAAUGGAAGGUGUAAGAUGUUCCUGAGCAAGCAUGUCCACCUGAUGUGUUACCGGAUCUGUGUGCGUGCCCUCACCGCCAUCAUCACCUACCACGACCGAGAAAACAGACCCCGAAACGGAGGCAUCUGUGUGGCCAAUCACACAUCUCCCAUCGACGUGAUCAUCCUGGCCAGCGAUGGCUACUAUGCCAUGGUGGGUCAGAUCCACGGGGGGCUCAUGGGGGUGAUACAGAGAGCCAUGGUGAAGGCUUGUCCCCACGUCUGGUUUGAGCGCUCGGAGGUCAAAGAUCGUCACCUCGUCGCAAAAAGGCUCACAGAGCACGUCCAGGACAAGAGCAAGCUGCCUAUCCUUAUCUUCCCAGAAGGAACCUGCAUCAACAACACAUCCGUGAUGAUGUUCAAAAAGGGGAGCUUUGAGAUUGGAGCCACGGUUUACCCUGUAGCCAUCAAGUAUGACCCGCAGUUUGGAGAUGCCUUUUGGAACAGCAGCAAGUAUGGCAUGGUGACCUACCUCCUGAGGAUGAUGACCAGCUGGGCCAUUGUCUGCAGUGUCUGGUACUUGCCUCCAAUGACCAGGCAGCCUGAAGAGGAUGCCGUCCAGUUUGCCAACCGAGUGAAGUCAGCCAUUGCCAGGCAGGGGGGCCUCGUGGAUCUGCUCUGGGACGGAGGACUGAAGAGGGAGAAGGUGAAAGACACAUUCAAGGAGGAGCAGCAGAAGCUCUACAGCAAAAUGAUUGUAGGCAACCAUGAAGACCGGAGCCGUUCCUGAGCCCUCUGCCUCCAGCACGAGCCGGGGCUCAUCUGAAGCAGCUCCGGCUCUUUGGACUUUGGCUACUGCAGAGCUGCUUGGACUUGCUCCUUCAUCCUCUGGCUGUUCUUUCCCAGAGGCAUUAUUAUUACUGCCUAGAGCCUUCAGGCCUUGGGCAGCUCGUGGCAAAGAUGCCUUCUUGUUACUGUUACAGUGAAGCCCCUUGCGGGGGCAAUAUUAAAUGAAACACUUCUGGUGUC